UCGUCACAGCUCUGUUUCCAGGGGAGAUCUAAACAAAACAGGAACAAAAAAACAGUGCAUGUGGACAAGCAGUGAUUUCAGAGGCGGAUUUCACUUGCUGAAGUAGUAGGUGAUAAUUAACGUAGGCAUUCUACGGUCAGAAAUAUUACGCGUUACCAUUUGCAUAUUGUACAAAAAAAUGGAACUUAACGAUUUGCGACGUGUGUCUUCUGUUGGUUACCGGUUACCAGAUCGACCAAUUGGGGGCAUUCCCAAUGCUACCAAACAUUUAGGUUUGGUGCGCAAAGCACCGAAAAACAACAGUAAAGAAGAUGGCCCUUCAGUGGAACAUCCAUCCAAAAGUGACCCUCUUAUACAAGACCAAAUAUGGCGAGAAUGCGUGCAAUCGGAAAUGAGUGCAGUCCGUAAAUGGGAGAAGAAUUGGAGCUUUCUCAAGAACUAUGAUCAAUUGGGGCGGCCGAGGGUAGAGGAGCCUGUCCCCAUUAAUAUGUCUCCGUUCUCGGACAAAGUCCCCCACACCACCAACCGGAUGCUGGGCAGCAGGAUUGACACCCCGCUGGGCCGGGAGGUGAUGAGGCUGGACAGACUGAUGCUCCUGAGCUGCAGCCGUCGGUCCAAACCAGACCCGGAGUUUCUGCCCAGUUAGCUAUACAUUUAACGUUGUUCACAUUAAAUAAACAGCGCUGUAUCACAUCAAAAUAUAACGCUGAAUUAUUUCAUUGCUGCAGCCUAUUUUUGAAUAUGUAAGAAAGAAUCUCAAUAAACUUGAAUAUUGUGGAGAA